AUGGUCCACACGUCAACGGGUGUUUCUCCGUUCAAGAUGCCCACAGGUCGUGAAAUGAGAGUGCCUUCCGACAUCUUUGUGCCAAACACCGACGGAUCAGCCGACAAUGUCCCGGAACAGAAGAAAUAUUAUGACCGACAUUGCCGGACGAAUGUCUACCAAGAAUGUGACUUAGUGCAACUUUACAGACCGAUUCCCCCAACUGGAACACACCGCAAGUUCCAUCACCCCUGGAGCAGGGACCCAUUUCGGGUGGUGAAGGCGCUCUCACCUACAAACUAUCUCGUCCGCAACGCACAACUGCGUACCCGGCCGGUAACCGUUCGUCACAACAAGAUGAGACCAUAUAAAGGGACACCUCCGGUUGGUUACGAAGAUGAGGUUUACGUCCUGACCGAAGACGGGAGAUCGUCGGGAGGAGGUGAGCAGAAAAUUGGAAUCUCGUGGUCGGAUUGGACUCCCCUGUACCUAGCGACUACAGCUCCCCUCCUUUUUGAACAUUGCAUUACAAAAGUUCCCCGAAUGGUCGAUGUUGAAGAUGAUGCCGGGUCGCUUCAUGAUGAUUAUCCGGACGAUUGUGAUGAUUAUUAUGGACUUUCAGAGGACAGUGACAAGGAUGAUACUGUAUUGGGGCAAAAUCCUGCUUUAGCGACGGCUCGUCUGUUUGGCAUGAGCUGCGGCCACAUGUUCUGUCUGGAGUGUUGGCGAGCAUUCUUCGACGUUCGAAUCUCAAGCUCACAUGUCUCAAUUGUCGAAUGCAUGGCGGCUAAGUGCAACAUUCGAAUCCCUGAUGACUUCAUCUUGGCUGUACUUGAUAGUCCCGAGUCCGUGCAGAAACAUCGCAGGCACAUUCUCAAUGAGGUGAUAGAGGCUCAUCCCCGUCUGCGUCCUUGCACCGACACCCAUUGCACACGGGUGCUCUACGCUCUGGAGGCACCACGGGCGCUGCGCGUAACCUGUGAGGGCUGUGGCACGCAGUUCUGCUUCUCCUGCACCGUGGAGUUUCACGCGCCCGCGCACUGCGAGACCAUCAAGCAGUGGUUGCAGAAGUGCCGCGACGACUCCGGGACCGCCAACUACAUGGCUGCGCACACAAAGGACUGUCCGAACUGUGGCGUGGUGAUUGAGAAGAAUGGUGGUUGCAAUCACAUGCAAUGCCUCAAGUGUCAACACCAAUUCUGUUGGGUCUGUCUUGGACCAUGGCGAGACCAUCCAGUGGAGUACUACGAUUGCAGCAAAUACCGCAAAUCUGAAGUUUCUGAACGCGAGUCUAGUCGGACACGAGCUAGGGAGUAUCUUCAGCGCUACCUCUUCUACUAUGAGAGAUGGGAGAACCAUGAGCGGAGCCUGCGGUUGGAGGAAAAGCACUACGCGAGUAUCCAGGCGCGCAUCCAAUCAAAAGUGCAGAAUGGUGAGGGUACGUGGAUUGACUGGCAGUACCUGCUGACGGCAGCGGAGACGCUGCGCAAGUGUCGCUACACUCUCAAGUACACCUACCCCUAUGCCUACUGCCCACCUGCUGGCGCGGCACAACGCUUGGCCCUGUUUGAGUACCAGCAAGCCUUGUUGGAGGCCGAGGUGGAGGAUUUGUCCUGGAAGAUAGCUCAUGCCGAGAUCACGGAUCAGGGAGCGCUAUUGAACAAGAUGAACAUCUGUGAGAAGCACCGCAAAACACUGAUUCAUGAGUUCUAUUAA